UUGUGCCUCAAAGUUACACCAAAACAUCAGCCAACACAAUUGGUGGGAUCCAAAGCUCCAUGCUUUUGUCCUUUCGGCUGAUUAGAAUACCACUGGGAAUCUCAUUCUCUGUGUCAUUGUCUUAAUCUCCAUGUCAAAAGAGAAGACAAAAACUUUGUCAUCUCCUACUGAUCAGCUUCCACCACUUCAAAAAUAGACCAAACAUGCAACCUCGCCAUCAUGUAAGUGUGCUUUGGAACACAUUGAAAAAUGUCCAGGGUUGAUCAUAUCCUGGCUGAGUAAUUAAGAACGACAAAGAAGAAGAGCUUAGUACGAUGAUCCCAGAUCAUCCAUCAGUAUGGACAGUGUGGAACAAGUCGAGCAUGGGUUUUCAAGGAACAGAUGGCUUCUCAAUCUAUGAUAGAAGCGGAAGGCUAGCCUUUCGCGUCGACAAUUAUUCGAGGAGGCGCAAGUAUCUGGAAGGAGAACUCUUGCUCAUGGAUGGGAAUGGGAAGCCUGUAAUUACUCUGAGGCCUCAGAUCUUGAGCAUGCAUAACACAUGGAGGGGAUUCAAAAAUGAGGAUGGAACGGAAGAAACUCAAGCAUUUUCAAUGAGAAGGCAGUCGAUUCUUCAUGGGUCUGAGAAAGCAGAGGUGUUCAUGGACAACUCCACCAACCAUGCUCCUGUCCCCAGCUUCAGAACCGAAGGCUGUUUCAGAGCAAGAAACUGCAAGAUCCUAGACAGCAAGGGCGAGGAGGUGGCUUUGGUGAGUCACAAGCAGGUGAACAACUUGGUUACAUUGGGAGAUGAAGUGUUCAGCCUCGUCAUUCAGCCAUGCAUCUGUGCUGAGCUCGUAAUGGCUUUUCUAGUCAUACUGGACCGCAUCUGUUGGAAGAAGCUGUUUCGAGCCAUACCUGAAUUAUACACAAAAAGUUGUAUUUUAAAUCUCAUUUAUCUUAUAAAAUAAAAUUUUAAAAUUCAAAUAGUCGAAAUUGAAUUAGAAGAGAUCGAUGGGUCAUACAAAAAUUUUUCAUAAACCAAUAGGAUAAAUUAAGAAAUAUUUAUAGCGAAGACUCAUCAGUCAUUUAUCUAAAUUUUAUUAUUAUUAUUUUUUAAUUGGUAUCAAGUACCUAACUUACGUCGAACUAAUCCUGGGAUUCAUCAGAUCCCACGAAAAUUUUAUUUUUUAAUUGACACAGGGCAUCCAUUGUUUCGAGGAUUGUUCGGGGAAAAAUAGACUUGGAUGGAGAUCACAGCAGUGCUGUCACAACUGAAGAAGAUCAACAGCUGGUUGGAUACCGCGGUGAGCUCACCGGAGAUAGAUAAAUUGAUGGAGAAGGCUGAACGUCUGAAGCUGAAGAUAUAUAUGGGUUUGUGAUCACUCAUGUUGGCUCUCCAUUUGAAAACUCCAUUCUUCUCUUAUAGACUUCCAUUGGGGACUCAGUUUU